UCGAAAGACUGAGUGUGCGUUGAGUUAGAAUUCGCAAAGCUGAUUAUUUCGUGCUUCAGACAGUUGUCUAUGCGCCGGCAUUGAAAGUGCGUGAUCUAAAGAAGUGUCGGAAUCAUCAAUUAAGCUCAAAAAGUUGCGUGCCACUUAAAAAUCAGCGAAUAUUAUUUGACGCGCAAAAUAAUAAUUGCGUGUGCAAGAUAACAAUUCAUAGGAAUUCAUAGAAGUUUAUCAUUAUUACUUUUUUAAAUCAAAUUAAAAAUUAUUAUUUAAAUUAACACUGCACGGUUGUAAAUUGUCGGUCGUUAUGUAUCUUUGCGAUUUAAUCUUUAGCGCUUUAAUAAUUUCGAUCGUUCGUUUCUCAAUGUCAAUAGACAUUCAGUCGGAGAAAAGAACAUUAAUUAUGCAACUCUCGCCGAAACCAUUGACAGACCUAGAAGAUAUUCCGGAUAGGUGGAAAAUAGUACAGUCGGAAUUUAGAGUGCCGCAAAUAGAGAUCUAUUUGAUGAAAGAUUUAUUAAAAGACUAUGUCUCGCCGAACGAAGACUCCACGUUCAGCAAGGAGUACAAAUACUCGAAUAAAGAUUACAACGCCGCAGAAAAGGUGACAUCGACGACAGACGAAAAGAAAGUUCCACAAAUCGGGAAUGCAAAAGAAAAUAAGAAAGAAAACAGUGAUGCUCAGGAUAAUAUCGUGAUGCCUGAUAGGAUCAUCCCACAGAUUGGAUCCAGGAAUAUUAUCGUAGUACCCGAAUACUGUCCGAAAGGACAAAGAAAGGAUAGCAAAGGACGCUGUAGAGUUGUCAUAACAAAAUAGAAACUCUCUCUCUCUUUAAAAAAGAGAAACAGAAAAAGAAACAAGGAAGAAUACCUAAAUAAUUGGGUCACUCCAUUUAUUGUAUCGAUUUUAUAGAAUCCUAAAAAAUUGAGGAUGUAUAAAAUUACUGUGUUUUAUUAAUUAAACGCUAAAAAUAAAAUGUGCAUUUUAUGUGGUUGUACUAUAAGUAUAUAUUUAGCUAUUUAGAUCUUAAAAUCAGCAGCUACUUAUGUAUUACGUUUCUUUUAUUGCUACUUAUAUUUAUAUUGUCGCUUGUUGUUUCAGUAAUUUGUGUGUAUGUAUAGGAUGCACAGUAUAAAAAAGUUUUUAUUUUAAUUUAAACCCGCUGACUAUUUUAUUUAAAAAUCUCGUGAAAUCUCGUUGAAAAAUUUAUUUCAAGAUUUACGUCAAGAAGGAUAACAUAUGCGAGUUAGGUGAUAUAAUAUAAUAAGAAUUACAAAGGAUGAACAUAUUUGUAGCCGAAGCCAAUAAGAUUGAUGCGAACAGACAAUCCAAGUUGAAUAUUAUUUGUGUGUACAUAAUAAGCCGAUUGCUUCUCAUUAUCACAGUGUUGUUCAGAAAACAUAGACGUUAGGAAGCUUCGAAUUGGUAAGAUGAAUAAGUGAUGUUAUAGUGUUAAUAAUUUUUAUAUUAAAUCGGUUAAAUAAAGUUUUGGUAUUAAUUAAUGUCGAGAGUUUUAGAAAAUUAAAUAUUUUAAUGUUGUUUGAUAAAAUAUUGCACUCAUUACUGACAGAGCAAAAUAUUCUAUCAAAUUUCUUUAGAAUUUUGUACUUUUUUCCGGUGCUCGUCGACAUCAAGAAUCAUUUAUGCAGUAACUAUCACAUAUUAUUUCAUAUUAAGUGAUGUUAUAUAAUAUCAUGUUACUUUGUGUAUCAGAAUAAGAUUUGACAAAUAUUUAUUAUUAAUAAAAUCAGUGAUGGAACCAGU